AUGUUCUCCAGCAGUGUUGCCGGUCCCUUUCUGGGCCGGAUUGACUGGCUCCAUGUCUACAUUGCGGCCUCCGCUUUCUUGGUCUGCGCAUUGGUCGCAGUGGUCAUGAUGCUGUCGUCGCAGAAGCGCAAAAUUGACUAUAACAGCGGAGUUUUCACCUACCUGAAGUUUAUCUACGCCAGCUUCCUCAAGCCCCAUGAGAGCCAUGGGAAUGGCCAGCAGGAUGCUCUCGAGAGCUUCUACAAGACCCAGGCUGGUGUUUACGACGCCACUCGCAAGCGUCUCCUCUGCGGUCGAGAGGAUAUGCUGGGCCUGGUUGCGGCCCAGCUGAAGCACAAGGUCGAAAAUAAGGAGCUCGCCGCCGGAAAGGCUGUCUGGGUCGACAUCGGAGGAGGUACCGGGUACAACAUCGAAGCCAUGUCUGCCUUCCUUUCCGUUCCGGAAUUCUUCUCACGCGUAUAUCUGGUGGACUUCUCUCCAUCUCUUUGCGAGGUGGCUCGCCAGCGCUUCGAGAGACUGGGAUGGAAGAAUGUUCGUGUCGUUUGCCAGGAUGCCCGAUCUUUCUGUCUUCCAGAGGAAGACAAGAUUGAUCCCCGCAGUGGGAACGUCACGACCACGGGCGCGGAUCUGGCUACCAUGAGCUACAGUUUGUCCAUGAUACCAGACUACUACAGCGUCAUCGAUGCCCUGCCUGCAUUGAUGAAGCCAUCUGGAUUCCUCGGAGUUUGCGACUUUUAUGUCCAAAGCAUCGUCGACGUCUCCUCACGCAACUAUAUUGGCGGUGCCUUCAAUCGUCAUGUGAACUGGUUGGGCCGUGCCUUUUGGCGUGCCUGGUUCGACGCAGACCGCGUCAGCCUGGAGGCCGCUCGUCGUGAUUAUCUGGAAUACCGCUUUGGAACCGUCAUCUCUGCCAGCGAAAGAAACUACCUUUUGGGAGGUAUCCCGUAUUAUAUCUUUGUCGGAUGCCAAAAGGAUUCCACCACUCGCUCGGGGCGCGACACCAUCGAGAAACUGAACGCCUCUUUCACGGAAUCCCCAUACCUCUCCCCUGCCAAUCACCGCAAGGAGAUCGAGUCUGCCGUUCAGAACAGUACACAGGAAAUCAAGUCCAAGGCCUAUGAGACUGCUGUGAUUAACCUGAGCGCGAACCUCCCUCUUCCCUCAUCCUUCUACCAAAACCAUCACCACCGGAUCUUCUACGAUGACCUACUCCCGAAGCAUACCCAGUUCGGAAACGAGUAUAUCUAUGCCUUCAACUGGGAAGACCCCCGCGUUGACCACCAACUGCUGGAUAUCAAGCGCGACGAUGUCAUCCUGGCCAUCACAAGUGCCGGAGACAACAUUCUGGACUACCUUCAGAAGAGCCCACGUCGGGUGCACGCUGUCGAUUUGAACCCCAACCAGAACCACUUACUCGAGCUCAAGGUGGCCAGCUUCAUGGCCCUGGGCCACCGGGACGUGUGGAAGAUCUUCGGCGAAGGAAAGCACUCCGACUUCCGCAAGCUUCUCAUCUCCCGGCUGAGCCCACACCUGUCCAGCCAAGCCUUUCAGUACUGGCUUGAGCACACACAUGUCUUCACCUCGCCCUCCGGCAAAGGUCUCUAUGAGACGGGCGGAUCCCGCCACGCCAUCAAGAUGGUCCGCUACCUGUUCAAGGCGUUCGGCGUGGGGAGAGCGGUACAAGAACUCUGCGAGGCCCAGACCCUAGUCGAGCAGCGCAAGAUCUGGCCUCGGAUUCGCUCCGUCCUGAUGAGCAAGCCCCUUCACUGGGCCGUGGUAGGAACCGAAUGGUUUGCCUGGAAGGCCGCAGGCGUGCCCCGCAACCAACGCAACAUGAUCAUCGACGACUACUACAAGAGACACGGGCUGAACAAGGACAUGAAGCAGACGAAGGAUGUCAGCGGGCAGUCGAUCUGGGAGUAUGUGGUGGACACUCUGGAUCCCGCGGUCCAGGACACUCUGAUUAGCAACGACAACUACUUUUACUUCCUGUGUCUGCAGGGGCAGUUCUCCAGAAGAUGCCACCCCGCCUACCUCUCCCCCAAAUCGCAUGUCAAGCUCUCCUCGCCAGGCGCAUUCGACGGCCUCCGCAUCCACACAGACGAGAUCAACGAAGUGAUCAAGCGCAUCACACCACGCAGCCUCACAAUCGCCGUGAUCAUGGACUCCAUGGACUGGUUCGACCCAGAGGGCAGCGAAGCCUCCGCCCAAGCACAGAAGCUCAACCACGCCCUCAAGAUGGGCGGACGGAUACUCCUGCGGUCCGCGAGCAUCGAGCCCUGGUACAUCCGACACUUCGAGCAGAAUGGGUUCUCUGCUCGUCGCGUGGGCGCACGAUUCCCGGGGACGUGUAUCGAUCGUGUAAACAUGUACGCCUCCACCUGGAUCUGCACGAAGACACAAGAACUCGAACGCCCGACCCCCAGCCGCGCCAUGUCCGCGCUCUCGUUGGAUAAUACCACUGCCAAUGUCACUGCCUCUGCCACACCCAAGAGGAAUAGUGUCGAGCACCUGGAGAUAUAG